CAAAAAAACCUUUUCUAUUUUCACUUCACCACUCUCCUACCUCUUCCGAUUUCCAUGACCACCUCUUCUCUUCCAUGUCCCCAUAUCUAGGGCUCUUCCUAUCGGUAAUACGUUUCUUUUUUUUUUUUUUUUUCAUUCUUUCUAUAUUUUGAUAUAAUAAUUACUCUGUAUAUGGAGAAGAUUGCUUCUCAUAUGAAGAUUGCUGAAUGGAAGCAGAGUAAUCUCUGCAAAGCUCACGAGCAGUUACAUUCGGAAGCUUCUUCGUUUCUUCUUUUCAGUCUUCAAUGGAAAGAUUUGGAGACGCAUUUUGAGUCUACACGUGACAUGAUUUUGACUCUGUAUGAGGAGGUUGAGCGGCGGGAGAAAGUUAUUCUCUUGAAAGAAGAGAAGUUGGUGGAUUUGGAGAAGGAGUUUGAGAUGGUUCGAAAGAGGAUUGAGGAUUGUGAGCAAGUUAUGGAAUUGAAAGAACAGAAAUUGAAUAGUGUAAUGCAGUUAAUUGAACAACGAUCGAUGGAAUGUGAGUUGAAGGAGAAGAGUGUUGAAUCGAUAACAGCAUUGCUUCGAGAUCAUGAAGAAGAGCUUGCAAUCAAGGUUAAGCAGUUUGAUGCAAUCCAAAUGGCAAUUAAAGAUAGCAAUGGAGAACUCAAACUGAAAGAAAAGGAGCUUGAGACAAUUCAAAAUAUGAUUGCCACUAAGUGGAAGGAGAAAAGAUUAGAUAAGAUUGAAAAGACUAUAAAAGUACGCACCUUUGAGCUUGAUCUCAAAGAGAAGGAAUUUGGUGCAAUGGAGAGCAAGUUGGGGGUGCUUUGUGAAGAAUUGUUAUCAAAGGAAUCAGAAUUAGAAUCCAUCAAAAGUUGUAUCAAGGAACAUAGUAAAGAACUUGAUGUGCAGGAAAAGCAACUUGAUGGCAUCCAACAAUCUAUUAGAGAUUGUCACAAUGCUGUUACAAUGCUUACAAAUUAUGUUAGUACCAUAGAAAAGGCAAUCAUCGAAUGCUCAAAGGAAUGGGAAUUGGAGGAAAAUCAACAUGAUUUGCUGCAAGAAUCGGUAGAUGAGUUGCCAUCAGUGGUGGAACAACACGAUUCCAUUUCUUUGACAGUUGGUAAAUGCCUUGAAGGUCUAAAAUCUCAAAAAGAGCAUUUCAAUUUGUUGAGGAAAUCCAUAGAAGAGCGCUCAAAGAAUCUCAAGAAUAAAGAAAACGAUUUUGAGAGACGGACGGAGGAGCUCAACAAGAAAGAUGAGAAAGUGAGCCUGUGUCUAAAAGAGAUUGAAUCUUUAAAAGCAGACAUGGAUUCACAUAUAUUAUUACUGGAAAAAGGCCGUGAAGAACUAAAAUUAAAGGAAAUACAACACAAGGCGCUGGCUGAGGAACUUGAGUCAAAAGAAAAAGAUAUCAGUCUAGUCAGAGCUUUGAUGCAAAAAUGUAACGAAAAGGUAAAAUUAAUAGAUGAUCCAAACAAUCUUCACUUACAAGUAAAAACUGAGGAAUAUUCAGGCUGCAGACCGGCAGGCAGUUCUAAUACUUCGAAUUUUCCUACUGGAUCUGCCUUAGAUGGAAAGGUUCUGCUAGCUCUCUUAUGUGAGCAUCUGAAACUGCAUGAUUUGGUGCGCACGGAACUGAUGAUUACACUUCAAGCGUCUUCCGAUCCUGCUAAGUUGGUUCUAGAUGCAAUGAGAUGGUUCUACGCUACGCAUACAGUGUCUAAAGAUGCAAAAAUCGAUUUUCAUAAUGUAAAAAGGGGAUGCAUUUUGCUGUCUGAACUAUUAUUGAACAUCUCACCAGAAAUCACACCUCCACUGAAAGAAGAAGCUCUAAAGCUGGCAGGCCUGUGGAAGGCUAAGCUGGUGAUGCCGGUUGAGAAUCACGCGGAGGUAGUAGCAUUCUUGCUACUUGUUGCUAAUUUUCGGUUGGCCUCCGAUUUUAAUGCGGAUGAACUACAAAUUCUUCUGAAUUCUGUUUCACAAUAUAAACAAGCAUUUGAGUUAUCCCGAGCACUUGGAAUUGGAGAUAAAUCAUCUGAGGUCUGUGCAACUCCUACUCCUACCCUUGUUGAACUAGAGCAACCUAACGAAGUGCUGGUCUCUUCCUCAAAAAGGGAGCAGCUCAGCAUGGAACCAAACGAGAAGAGAUUAUAUUUACUUCUGAACAAGAAGUUGACUGGAACAAAGUUGAUACCAAGUGUAAUCUUAUCAAUUCUUAAACAGUCAUUAGACCCUGCAAAACUUGUCCUGGAUCUGAUUCGAGGUUCUUUUCACCAACAUUUGAAGAAAGAACAGUUAGGAUUGGAAGAAAAUUUCUUGAAGUGGUCCACACUUCUUUUAAAACAAUUAAAGCAAAUCUCACCAAGUAUUUGUCCAAAGGAAAGAGAAGAUGCAAUGAAGAUUGCAAUUGACUGGAAACAGAACAUGAGAAGUGAUGCAAAUGGGUCUAUGGAUGCUGUUGGCUUCUUGCAGCUUCUAGUGUCUUAUGGAUUGACAACUUCAUUCAGUGGGGAUGAGAUUUUGAAGCUCUUUGAGAACAUAGUGCUUCAUGAACAGGCAUCAGAAUUGUGUUUGAUGUUUGGGUAUAAACAAAAGAUACAAGACAUUGUACAAAACCUUAUUGGAACAAAGCAAUUUCUCAAGGCUGUCAGGUUUGUAUGUGGAUACAAGUUGGAAUCCUUUCGACCCGUACAGAUCCUUAACGAAUAUUUACAAGAUGCAAGGAAUGCCACUGCGAAAGCCAGCAAGAAGAAGAAUACAGGUCAAGAAGAUGUACAUGCUGCCAUGGAUGAAGCCAUUGAUAAGGAGAUAGAUGCUGUAAAGUCGGUAAUUUCAUGUGUCUCAGAGUGUAACCUCGGUUCUGAAAUCUCAUCUCAAGUGCUUGAAACCCGUGUUGUUUCACUUGAAGAGAUGAGAAGGUUGAAAUACAAUAGCCAUGGUCAACCUACAAGUUCGACCGCUCCAAAACCACAACCAUCUAAAGCUUAUACCGAAGUACAAUGCUCAAAUCCGACUAAGGUUGACAAGAAAACGCCAAAUUGGGAGAAGUCCAAUGUGCAACAAUUGCACCCAAAACACCAUCAAUCCCGAAAACAACAUCCUUCUACCCACCAACCCCAUCAGCAACAUCCAGCACCACAAAAGGUGCAAAAGAAACGUAAGUUUCAAAAGUUUCAAAAUAGUUCAAUGAAACGCCCUCGAAAGCAACCUCGUCAAACUAGACCUUUGUUCUCAGGUUCAUCGCCAAGAGUACAUGAUGAAACAUCAAUGUUUCAGCGGUACAAUUCAAGGUUUACUGGAAUGAAUGGGCUCUUUGGUUUCCAUGAGGGUGAUCGUGAAUCUCCUGAACAUGGAGAUCAUUAUCCACGCUCAACCAGGCCUUGACAUAACCUAUGGCGAGGUUCUUCAUCAUGUCAACGUUCCUUGUUGGAAGCCAACUGCCAACAAUGGCAUGUUUGUCUCUUUUUUCUUUUACCCACUUGUCCUUCUUCCUAGGGUGAGCCAUUCAUAUUGAAAACCAUCGGUAGUCAAUUUUAAGCACUUUAAAAUCAAUGGUUAGUUUUUCAAAUAUAAAAAACCGAUUGUCAGUUGGCCAAAAAACCUAAAAAGGGCUAAAUGGAUGAACAUGAUGGUUCUACGAAUGGGGUAGAAGGGAAAGUGAAGACCAUGGAAGGAUCUACUUGGAGAUGUCCAUGGUAUGGGGUAGGAAUGGCUUCCUCUGUCAUUGGGAAAUUCCCGAGGACCGGCUUUCUCGGUUCAUAUAUAUGUGUAUAUAUAUAUAUAUAUAUAUAUAUAUAUAUAUAUGAGAUAUUAAUUAAUUUAAUCACUAUAAAUGAACAAAAGUACCUAAAUAGUUAAAUAGGGCAAAGAUAUAAUUAGGCUCCGCUCGGGAUUGUUGUAGCCUAUGAAACACAAACUUCAUCUGAGGCCAAGAAUCUACUUUCCAUGUACGUAUUUGACAUGUGCUUUGACGCAUAUAUUUUUAUAUUGACAUAUUUGACACGUGAUUUGGUUUUCAU